CCGGGCGCCGCCGGCUGGUGACUGAAUGCAGCCCUCCUAGGACUGGCGGGGAGUGAGCGCCCUGUCAGCUGGUGCCGGCCACGUGCGCGGCGUGCGUGCCAGAGAAGGGCGCGCCCCGGUGACCCUGCGCCCGCCCGCAGAGGUUUCCCGGAGCAGCAACUCCGCUGCCUCGUUGGUCCGCGCCCCGCCCAAGGCCACGCGAACUCAAACUCGGAUUGGAAGGGACAGCAGAGAGACCCCUGCCUCAGGCAAGGCCUGGAGCGACGCCGCUGCAGAGGGCCAGAGCCAACCUCUCAAUGACUUUGCUCUCGGGCCUCGGCUCCUCCCUCUCGCCCCCUCCCCACCGUGGGGCCCAAUACCGCGGCCCGGGGCUGGGAGCUGAGCACGUCGGGGUCGCGGGGGACGCGGGGUGCGCCGGAGCCGCGCUUCCUUCCCCACAGGCAGGCUGCACCGCUGAGCUCCAAGCCCCUGCCGCUUCUACAGCCAGGUCGCCGGGGACAACAGGGGCGGAGCACGAGGCGGAGCAGCCCGGGAGCCCCACCCGGGCCCGCCCGGCCGCUUUCCCCUCCCCUGCCCCAGCCGGGAUGGAGGUGUGGUCUCGAGUUUCUACGGUGACUUCCAGCUUUGCGUCCACCGGAACGUUCCCACCCCUGUCUCCUGGGAACGGUCCCCGAGUGUGCGACCCAGCUGCCCGCGGCCUGGCUGGUCUCCGAGAACGUUCUGACACCCUCUGGGGGACGCCCUCAACCGCGCGACACUGUCCGGGGAACGUUCUUCUCAUCCCUUGUUGCAAGCUAAGAGCAGUGGCGGGAAGCAUGCGGGACUACGACGAAGUGACCGCCUUCCUGGGCGAGUGGGGGCCCUUCCAGCGCCUCAUUUUUUUCCUGCUCAGCGCCAGCAUCAUCCCCAACGGCUUCAAUGGUAUGUCAAUCGUGUUCCUGGGGGGGACCCCGGAGCACCGCUGCCGGGUGCCGGACACCGCGAACCUGAGCAGCGCGUGGCGCAACCACAGUAUCCCGCUGCGGCUGCAGGACGGCCGCGAGGUGCCGCACAGCUGCCGCCGCUACCGGCUCCAGGCGAUCGCCAACUUCUCGGCGCUCGGGCUGGAGCCGGGGCGCGAUGUGGACCUGGAGCAGCUGGAGCAGGAGAGCUGCCUGGAUGGCUGGGAGUUCAGCCAGGACAUCUACCUGUCCACCAUCGUGACCGAGUGGAGUCUGGUGUGUGAGGAUGACUGGAAGACGCCCCUCACCACCUCCCUGUUCUUCGUAGGCGUGCUCCUCGGCUCAUUCGUGUGUGGGCAGCUAUCAGACAGGUUUGGAAGGAAGAACACCCUUUUUGCAACCAUGGCUGUGCAGACUGGCUUCAGCUUCCUGCAGAUUUUCUCCGUCAACUGGGAGAUGUUCACCGUGUUAUUUGUCAUCGUCGGCAUGGGCCAGAUCUCCAACUAUGUGGUGGCCUUCAUACUAGGAACAGAAAUUCUUGGCAAGUCAGUUCGUAUUAUAUUCUCUACGUUAGGAGUGUGCACAUUUUUUGCAGUCGGCUACAUGCUGCUGCCACUGUUUGCUUACUUCAUCAGAGACUGGCGGAUGCUGCUGCUGGCGCUGACGGUGCCGGGGGUGCUGUGCUUCCCGCUGUGGUGGUUUAUUCCUGAAUCUCCUCGGUGGCUGAUAUCCCAGAGAAGAUUUAGAGAGGCUGAAGAUAUCAUCCAAAAAGCUGCAAAAAUGAACAACGUACCUACCCCAGGGGUGAUUUUUGAUCCUGUGGAGCUACUGGAGCUAACAUCCCUGAAGCAGCAGAAAGCUAUCAUUCUGGACCUGUUCAGGACUCAGAAUAUUGCCACAAUAACCAUUAUGUCUUUGCUGCUAUGGAUGCUCACCUCGGUGGGUUACUUUGCCCUGUCUCUGAACACCCCUAAUUUACAUGGAGAUGCUUACCUGAACUGUUUCCUCUCUGCCUUGAUUGAGGUUCCGGCUUACAUUACAGCCUGGCUGCUCCUGCGAACCCUGCCCAGGCGUUUUAUCAUAGCUGGAGUACUGUUCCUGGGGGGAGGUGUGCUUCUCUUAAUUCAAGGGGUACCUGCAGAUUACAACUUCCUGUCGAUUGGUCUGGUGAUGUUAGGAAAAUUCGGGAUCACCUCUGCUUUCUCCAUGCUGUAUGUCUUCACUGCAGAGCUCUACCCAACCCUGGUCAGGAACAUGGCUGUGGGGGUCACAUCCAUGGCCUCCAGAGUGGGCAGCAUCAUUGCUCCCUACUUUGUUUACCUUGGUGCUUACAACAGAGUUCUGCCCUACAUCCUCAUGGGCAGCCUGACUAUCCUGAACGGAAUCAUCACACUUUUUUUCCCUGAAAGUUUUGGAAUGGCCCUACCAGAGACCUUAGAGCAGAUGCAGAAAGUGAAAGGGUUCAGAUCUGGGGGAAAAACAAAAGAUUCCAUGGACAAAGAAGAAAACCCCAAGAUUCUAAUAACUUCAUUCUGAUAAAAUUUCCACCCCAUUUGGUGAACUGAAAAACAGAUACAUAAGGCUCUGAAGAAACCAAAGCCUUUCCUGAUGAAAUGGACUGACUAUAACGAUUAACACUAAAACAGACCUUGCUGUUGAGAAAUGCUUGUCAUAUAGCAAACUCUGGACCACUCUUCCAGAUAGCCUCCUUAUUUUAAAAAUGAACCAUUUCUAGAGCAUUCUCCUUAGUAAGGAAUUUGAUGAAAUGGGUUUGCAAGAUUUUUUGAAAAUGUGUUGGUCAAGGAUUGGUAAAUCCAUAUAAAGAUUAAUACAUUUCUAAACAUACAAAUACUAUCCAAAGAAAAAGAAUGUCACUAUAUUAACACAACUAUCAGGUGGCAACUGUGCAUGUGUGUAUGUAUAAGUGAACCAGCACAUUCAAAAUCACAGUAGCUUUCGAAUUGAGCUCAUUUACUGCUGUAACCAAAUGAUUAUAUGCAGUAUUCCUAUCCAGAAACUUUUAUGUACUCCUCUGAGAGGAACUGAUGGCAGUUAUUAAUAGUGUUACUAGUGAAAUGCAGCAAGAGAUCAAGUAGCCUGGCUCAUAUGGCAUGCUGGCCUUUAAGAGGGGAACCGAGACAGUUCCUAGCUGUAAUUCCAACAGCUACAGCUCACAGCCUAUUGAAUCAUGCACAGUUGUUGUGCUCUCUUGGAGCAUGUGACUAAGCCUUCUGUUUCCUAGGACUGGUUAUUUUGCUGGUGAACAGAGAAUCAGGAAAACUGCACAAACCAGUUGGAUUGGUAGAGAUGGCUUCUGUGCCCCACAGCCUAGAAGGGUCAGCACCCAGGACAAAGGCUGUCCACACCAACAAUCUGGAGAGGCUUUUAAAACAGUUCUUUCCAUCAAUACUUACCUUCUAAGCACACUAUGCAGCUGCAUUCUCUUCAGCAGUCAGCAACAGUGGAACCUCAGUUCCACGAAUGAGCAGCAUAAAAGAUAAAAGACUAAUGGGAUAAUGUGUUCCUGUAAGCUCAGAAAAUAAAUGUCAGCUCUGUAUCUCGCCAUGGUUUAGGCAUGCUGAGAUGUUAACAUAGCAAGAAGUUACUCCUGGAGACUCGGGGCAGCACGCUUUCAUUGAAAGUGGCUUCUCUGAGAGCAGCACGGUGACAAGCUACUGACCCUUUAACGUAUCCAGUGCCACGGUGCACUCGUAGGAAUAGGCAGCCACUAGUUUUUGAUGCUGCUUUGUGGCAUCAUCUCCUAAAAAUAACUAUCCCCAAAUGCAGAUUUUCACUAUGGAAAAAUUUUUCAAAGGAACCUUUGAUAUAACAUCUUGAUAAACUGUCCUUAUAUUAAGAUCCUUAUCUUGAACUUUCCCGGUUAACUCAGAAUUUUUUCUCUAUAUUGCCAUAUUUCUUACACGUUUUAUACCUGAAGCACUGACACACUGAUCCUACCUUUUGAUUGUUACUUUAAAAUCCACUAGAAUGUCUUCGAAUAGUUUAUGCUUUGUCACUGGGGACGCAGGUGCACAGCUUUAGCCACCCAGUGCUUUUCUCUCCCCCGUUGACGCAACCUGUCUGGAAUGUCUUUCCGUCUCCCCCGCAGGGCACUGGGCCGCCUCUCCCACCGAGAGCGAGAGAGUCAUGUUGCUUCUCUAGAAGCUCUCCUUGAACUUCCUUCCCACCAACAGUAACUGUGACUCCUCUGUGCUCUUGUGGUACUUGUUACCCUCACUCCAUCUGCCUCUUGUCUUGUUGCCAGGGACUUUCUCUUGUUUAUCUUUCUAUCCUCCGUAGUGCUGCUUAGCAUCGUGCUUUCUUGCAUGUAACAGGCAUUUGCUAAAUAUUCAUUUUAAUUAAAGUACUUUGUAACUCUAGCUUGGUGAAAAUAUUAUGUUUCAUACCUUGACAUUUGAAUUUUUAAAUACCUAAAUAUUAAAUGCUCUUAAAGCUUUUUCAAAAUAUAAAAAAUAAGGAUUGAUAAUUAACUUUUAUUACUGUUUGUACAGGUGUUUUAUAUUUUGUAGUAGUAAGAGAUGACUUUUUAAAAAAUCUGUUUAUAUAAAGGCAACAAGUACACAAAUGAUUCUCUCUUUCGUAGUUCAAAGACAAAGUAGAUGAACACAUGCCAAAGUGGUAUUUGAUUAAAUUCAAGAUAUAUUCCUGAUUUUUAAAAACUGCUUUUAAAAUUAGUUCCACAAGGCAACUUCCUGAGCUUGCUUAUGAAUAUCAAUCUCAGACUGACAGCCAAUAUUACACUGCAUGUUAGAGUGAAAUACUAGAGGCAUCCCAUUAACAGAAACUAUAUGGAUACAUGAUUUAGCACCUUUUACUUUCAACAUUUUUGGGCAUAUGUUAAUAACUAUAACCAUAGUAUAUAUUAUAGAUAAGAAGUAAAACUAUUAGAAAAUAGACAAAAUUAUCAAUAUUAUGAGGAGCAUAUAAUGAUAUUCUACUUUUAAAAUCCGAGAGAAUUAACUGAAAAUUCUUACAUUUAAGAGGUUCAGUUUAAGUGGAGGCAUAUAAGAAGUGUCCAUAAAUCAGCAAAUUUUUAUGUAUUAGAAAUAACCACCUGGAAAAUACACUGGAAAAAAACAGGAUCCAUUCAUAAUAGUCAUAAAAACAUAAAAUACAGAGAAAUAAUCUUAAUAAGAAAUGUAUAAAACCUAAGUGAAAAAAUUAUUCCAUUUAAUUAAGACUUAAAUGGAGACAUGCCAGUUCCUGAAUGAGUAGAAUGAAUGCUGUGAACCUGCCAUUCUUACCAAAUUAAUUUACUACCAUAACGUAAUUAAAAUUAGUAUUUCAAUGACAUAUUUUGGGAACUUAAAAGAGAAUUCUAAAAGACAUCUGAAAGAAUAAGUAUGCAAGAUUGGCUACAAAAUUUUUGAAAAAAAAAAAAAAAGAGUGGUAAGGUUAAAUAUUCCCUCACAGAUUUAAAAACACAAGGAAAGAUAAAUCAGUGAAAUAGGACAGGUAGCCCAGAAACAGACCGAAAAUACUGCUAAUGCUCCAGACAGCAGGAAGGUUAAGUGCACAGCCUCUGGAGACUAGUGCUCCUGGGCUUGAUGCUGGCUCUGUCACUUAUCAGCUGUGUGGCCUGGAGCAAGUUAUAGUCAUCCCAAACCUCAGUUUCUUAAUUUGUAAAAAGAGGCUAAUAGCAGUUUCAUGGGGUGGCUAUGGGGAUUACAUGAGAUAAUGCACAUAUUUAGCCCAUGCCUGGCAGACUUAGAUGUUUUCUCUCUCUCUCAUCUCGCUAAAUUCCGUAGUUAAUCAUUAUAAUCAACUUCCUUGACCCUUUCUUAAUCCACCUUACCCUUUGGGGCAAACUGCAAUGCUGGUUAAAUCCAACCCCCUUCCUACUUCCCACCGGCACCUGCACAGCUAAAUGUAGCUGGAAAAAAUAUGCAAACAUGCUGCCUGGCUUCACUUUAAAUUAAUCAUCAGCCAUUUCAAGAGGAACUUUAUUGCUGACUGACAGUCAUGCUCCAUUUGGUGCAUUCUCUGCCCUCAGUGACCUCUCUCUUCAGAACUCCAACAUCUCCUCCCCAUGCCUGCCCUCAGCUAUGCCUUCGCUUUUUAUCUAGCUAGAAAAUAGAAGUAAUGGGCGAGAACUUCCAUAAACUCUUACCACUGUAAUCCAUCAACCUAACUGCAUCUGUACCCACACGGUCUGACUUUUCUCCUGUUACUUGAGAUAAACGGUCUCUGCACCUAGCGCAGGCUUUCUCUCUCUCUCUCUUUCUCUCUCUCUCUCUCCUUAUGCACUUGGUGCCCCUGCCCCCUUACUACUCAAGAACAUUGCUCCAGCGAUUCUCCUGACUCUCUGCCCCAUCAUUCACUCUUUUCCCUUCCUGCUGGAUCUUUCUCAUUCAUCAUGCAAAUAUGCUGUUAUUUCUACAAUGAUGAAAAAGCUCUCUCUUGACCCCACUUCUGCCUUUGACUACUGCCCCAUUUCACCUUGUCUCUUUAUAGCAAAACUACUCAAAAGAUGACUCUAUACUUGCUACUUCUAAUUUUCUUCUUCCAGUUACCUCUUGAACCCACCACAGUUAAGCUUUAGCCCCCACCUCUCCACCAGAACAGUUUUUCUCAAGGUCCUCAAUGAUCUGCAUGUUUUUUAAUCCAAUGGUCAAUUCAUAGUCCUCAUAUUACCAGCUCUCUCAAGGCAUCAGACAAACUGAUUUCUCUUUCCUUGAAAUGCUUCCUAGGAUACCACAUUUGCUUGGUUUUCCUCGUACUUUGUUGGCUGCUUCUUCACAAUCUCUUUUGCUGCUUCUUCCUCAUCUCUUCCAAUGCUCACCACUGGAGUGCCCAGAACUUAGUCUUUGGUCCUCUUCCUUUUUUGGAAAAUCCAAUGUCACGAUUUUUAAAUACCAUCUCUACAUUAACAACUACCAAAUACAUAGAGAGCUUAACUCCAGGCUCACUCACCAACUGCUUACUCAAUAUCCUCACUUGGAUAUCUAAUGGCAUCUCAAACCUAACAUGUCCAAAGUUACUAUGUGCUCUUGAUUCCUCCCCAAAUCUGCUCUUGCUGAAGUCUUCCCUACCUCAGUCAGUGGCGACUCCAUUUUUCCAAAUGCUCCUUCUCUCAUACCCCAUAUCCAAUGUGUCAAUAAAUCUUUGACCAUAAUUUCAGCAUACCUAGAAUUUAGUUUCUUGACUGGAUUCUGUUAGCUUCUUAACCAAUCCUUCCUCCUUAAUUCUUCUCCUGCCUUCCUUCAGUCUAUUCUCAGCAUAGCAGUCUGAAUUGUCUAAAUGAGAUCAUGUCACUUGUCUGCUCAAAACCUUCCAAUAGCUUUCCAUCUCAAUCAGAUUUUUAAAAAGCCAGUCUUAAUAAUAGUGUAUAAAUGGGAUGAUCACAUGUCCCAGUUUUCCCAGGACAGUCACAGUUUCUAUAUAUUAGCCUAGUGAAAUUAUUACUAACCCCUCCACCUUUCAUUCUGGUGUCCCAAUAUGGAUGAUAAAUUAUAUAUGGUCACCCAACUUACAGGGCGCUAUUCUAUGUGCCUCCACCCUUUAGUUCUGACUUUGCCUCCUCACUCUCUCUCCAUUGCUUUCUUCAUUCAGGCUCCCCAGGCUGUGCUCUUCUUUGAACACUUUGAACUGCUAGACACGCUUCUGCAUGUUCCCUCUUCCUGGGAAUGCUCUUCCCAGGUAUCUGCAUGUCUUACUCCCUUAUUUCCUUUGUCUUUGCUCAAAUGUCACCUGCUUAAUAAAUACUUACCUGGACACCCUAUUUUAAAUUGCAUCCUGUUCUCUCUCUGUCCUAACCUUACCUGUCCUUGCUUCAUUUUUCUCCAUAGUUCUUAUCAUGCUCUGGCAUCCUAACUAGUUUACUUCUUUAUUUUGUUUAUUGUCCUUCUCCUUCCUCAUGAAGCCUAUAUUCCAUGAAGAGCACUUCUGUAUCCUCAGCAGUUAGAACAGUGCUUGGCACAUAGUAGUGCUUAAUAAAUACUUGCCGAAAAAAUGAAUGAAUGUAUUAUUAUCAUUAUUAUAGUUAAAUGGGCAAAAGUAAUUAUUAGUUUUCAAAUAAGAAAACAUUGGCCGAUAAAUAUACAAAAAAAAGUGUUCUGCUUCACAAGUAAUCAAAAGAAUACUAAUUGAAAUGACAAUGUGAUGCCAUUUUCCAACUAAAAUGUUGACAAAGAUUACAAAAUGACAGUAGUCAAUAUUGAUGAGCAUGUGAUAAGAUGCACCUUCAAAUUCUUCUGGUGGGAAUAUAAAUUGGUUUAUUUUUUCUGGAAAAUAAGUUGGCAAAGUGUUUCCGUAGCCUUGAAAUGCUUGGAUUUUGGUGGUUUUUUUUGUGUGUUUGUUUGUUUAUGUAUUAACUCCACAACUAGGAAACAGUCAGAGAUAUAUGAAAUAUUUAUGGAGAUAGAUAUUUAUCACAGCAUUAUUUGCAAUCUUAAAAAACUAAAUAUGAGCUAACAAAGGAGGUGAAAGACUUGUACCCUGAAAAUACAAAACAUUGCUAAAAGAAAUCAAAGAUACAAAUAAAUGGAAGGACAUCCUAUGCCCAUGGAUAGGAAAAUUCAAAUAUCAUUAAAAUGUCUAUACUAACCAAAGUGAGCUACAGAUUCAAUGCAAUCUCUAUCAAAAUCCCAAUGGCAUUUUUGCAGAAGUAGGUAAAAAUCACCCAAAAAUUCACAUGGAAUCUCAAGGGACUUCUAAUAGCCAAAAUAAUCUUGAAAAAGAACAGAGUUGAAGGC